UACGGAAACCAGGAGUGAAGUUUCUAGCUUGUCCAAGGCCACUGAGCUAGACACUGAAGACAAGAAUCGAACCGAGUUGAACCUACAGACGUAGGACCCCGGAGCCCUCACCCUCAAACACCACAAAGAAGUUUUCCAGUUUUCGGGAACCCGACAGUACCAGGAGUACCGGGUACAAAGGCGGAACUGAGGAGCUCCCAGCCUGCCGGGCUGGCGAACUUCCCAGCAGGCCCAGCGCUCGGGGGUGUGGCCAGACGAGUAGGCGGUCCUGGAGGCCAGAAGACUAGGCGGAGACUACGUAUCCCACAAGGCUCCGCAGGACGCCGCUGACUGGCGGAAGCGAGGCCGGCGGCAGCGUGGUGACGUUGCCAGGGUCGCUGGCGCGCGGGAUUUAAACUGCGGCGGUUUACGCGGCGUUAAGACUUCGUGGAGUCGGUGAAGUUGUGGUUUCUUGGCGUUUCGUGUUUUUCUUCCCGGAGCACCCUCCGAAUGCCCAUGGACGCGUCGCUUCAGGCCUGCCUGUUUCCUGGUCUCGUUAUCAAGAUCCAACGCAGUAAUGGCUUAAUUCACAGUGCCAACGUAAGCACUGUGAACUUGGAGAAAUCCUGCGUUUCAGUGGAAUGGAUAGAAGGAGGUGCCACGAAAGGUAAAGAGGUUGAUUUUGAUGAUGUGGCUGCAAUAAACCCAGAGCUCUUACAGCUACUUCCCUUACACCCAAAAGACAAUCUGCCCCUGCAGGAAAAUGUAACAGUCCAGAAACAAAAACGCAGAUCAGUCAACUCCAAAAUUCCUGCUCCAAAAGAAGGUCUUCGAAGCCGCUCCAGUCGCAUGUCCACCCUCUCAGAGAUUCACAUCAGCACUCGGGAGAAUAAUAUGGAGGUGGAGCUGCCUGCACCUGCAAACUCCCGCAGGCAGUUUUCAGUUCCCACUGGCCCCCCUAGGCCCUCCUGCCCUGCUGUGGCUGAAAUACCAUUGACGGUGGUCAGCGAGGAGGUGGAAGAGAAAGUCCAUUCCAUCCGAGGCAGCUCUUCUGCAAACCCUGUGAGCUCAGUUCGGAGGAAAUCAUGUAUUGUGAAGGAAAUGGAAAAAAUGAAGAACAAGAGAGAAGAGAAGAGGGCCCAGAACUCUGAAAUGAGAAUGAAGCGAGCUCAGGAGUAUGAAAGCAGCUUUCCAAACUGGGAAUUUGCCCGAAUGAUUAAAGAAUUUCGGGCUACUUUGGAGUGUCAUCCACUUACUAUGACUGAUCCUACUGAAGAACACAGGAUAUGUGUCUGUGUUAGAAAACGUCCACUGAAUAAACAAGAACUGGCCAAGAAAGAAACUGAUGUGAUCUCCAUUCCUAGCAAGUGUCUUCUCUUGGUACAUGAACCCAAAUUAAAAGUGGACUUAACAAAGUAUCUGGAGAACCAAGUGUUCUGCUUUGACUUUGCAUUUGAUGAAACAGCUUCAAAUGAAGUCGUUUACAGGUUCACUGCAAGGCCACUGGUACAGACAAUCUUUGAAGGUGGGAAGGCAACUUGUUUUGCAUAUGGCCAGACAGGAAGUGGCAAGACACAUACUAUGGGCGGAGACCUCUCUGGGAAAGCCCAGAAUGCAUCCAAAGGGAUCUAUGCCAUGGCCUCCCAGGAUGUCUUUCUCCUGAAGAAGCAGCCCCGCUACCGGAAUCUGGGCCUGGAAGUCUAUGUUACGUUCUUUGAGAUCUACAAUGGGAAGCUGUUCGACUUGCUCAACAAGAAGGCCAAGCUGCGUGUGCUGGAGGAUGGCAAGCAACAGGUGCAGGUGGUGGGGCUGCAGGAACACCUGGUAAACUCUGCUGAUGAUGUCAUCAAGAUGAUCGACACGGGCAGCGCCUGCAGGACUUCUGGGCAGACGUUUGCCAACUCCAACUCUUCCCGCUCCCACGCCUGCUUCCAGAUUCUUCUUCGAGCCAAAGGGAGAAUGCAUGGCAAGUUCUCUUUGGUGGACCUGGCAGGGAACGAGCGAGGUGCAGACACUUCCAGUGCUGACCGGCAGACCCGCAUGGAGGGCGCAGAAAUCAACAAGAGUCUCCUGGCCCUGAAGGAGUGCAUCAGGGCUCUGGGCCAGAACAAGGCCCACACCCCAUUCCGUGAGAGCAAGCUGACACAGGUGCUGAGGGACUCCUUUAUUGGGGAGAACUCAAGGACUUGCAUGAUUGCCAUGAUCUCGCCAGGCAUAAGCUCCUGUGAAUACACUUUAAACACACUAAGAUAUGCGGACAGGGUCAAGGAGCUGAGUCCCCACAGUGGGCCCAGUGGAGAGCAGCCAAUUCAAAUGGAAACAGAAGAGAUGGAAGCCAGCUCUAAUGGGGCCCUGAUCACAGACAAUUUCUCCAAGGAAGAGGAGGAACUGUCUUCCCAGAUGUCCAGCUUUAACGAAGCCAUGACUCAGAUCAGGGAGCUGGAGGAGAGGGCCAUGGAAGAGCUCAAGGAGAUCAUCCAGCAAGGUCCAGGCUGGCUUGAGCUCUCUGAGAUGACCGAGCAGCCAGACUAUGACCUAGAGACCUUUGUGAACAAGGCAGAAUCUGCCCUGGCUCAGCAAGCCAAGCACUUCUCAACCUUGCAAGAUGUCAUCAAGGCCUUGCGCCUGGCCAUGCAGCUGGAAGAGCAGGCUAGCAAACAAAUAAGCAGCAAGAAACGGCCCCAGUGACAACUGCAAAUAAAGAUCUGUUCGGUUUCACGCCCAGCCUCUUACCCUCCCCCAGUGAACUUUGGGCAUCUGGAAGGUCUGUUCAGGGUCUGAGCUGGGAUAGGCUUUGAUAAAUGUCAAGUAUGGAAGCAUCUGGUCCCAGAGCAGCUGGGGAGGAAGUCAGAGUGACAUGAGACACUAUUUUCCUUUCCCUCAAUUGUCGCUGUCAAGAGAGCAAGGAGAAAGCUUUCAGUUACCCUUCUGUGUUGCCCUUCUUUCCAGCAAGAGGGGAAUGCUUUCUGGUGUGGAGUUUUCCCUGGGGCAGCAUCUUGCCUGUGUGGACUGGCUGCUGGGCAAGGGCUCCCUGGGGUUGUCUUGGCCCUGGGGAGAGAGAAAGAGCCUUUAGUCCAUCUCUCUGCUGGCUCUGGCCUGCCUUCCACACAUUUAGUCCAAGUGCUGAUAUAUCUUGUACUUUAAAAAGUUUCUGGUACCUCUUCCUUCC